AUGGCGGAGCGGAGCCAGACGGCGCCUGAGGCAGGUCUUGACAUGGGAAAUGAUGAUGCCAUCAGAGGGAAUGUGAGCAAAUAUGUGGUGCUUCCAACUGGAUACUGUGGACAGCCCAAGAAAGGACAUCUUAUCUUUGAUGCUUGCUUUGAAAGUGCAUCUAGUAUACUACAAGAAACUGACUCUGAUAAAAUGGAAUUAUACGAUUUAUCUGACAGAUAUUUCAAAGUAACUGUCAUAAAGAUUUUUACCAAAAUCAAGAAAAUGUUGCAUGAACCAAGUGAGAAUUUCAACAAAGAUAUAAAUAAUACUGAAAGUUCCAAAUAG